AUGCCACGCACAACAGCACACGAUGACCACGCCGAUGCCUUGGGCGGCUUGGAAACAACAAAUUCACCCAUCACGAUUGCGCCCGAACAAAAUGCCAUGGCCAUCAUCGAUGCGCAAAAUUUCUUCCUAUCCAGGUCGUUGGGUCGGACUGGCGCCGGCCACGUUGCGGAAGAGGCCCUGCUCAAGUCAGGCAUACCUGCCGCCCGCAAAGCUCACAUUCAAGUGGUCUGGCUGACCUGGGGUCUUAGUGAAGCCGACCUAGACACCAUGGACCCUACAACUGCGCGCAUUUUCCAAUUCGAUGGGACAGAGAAGCGGCAAAUUGAGCUGACGACUCGGCUUGGCUCCGAGUCCCAGACCUACAAACGCUCGGCAUCCUCCAACAUGGAGCUGUUCUGCGACGGCAUUGGCUCCGAUGUAGGGCUGGUCCAGCUGCUGAGUGGAAAAAUUGUUCCUGGAGGUAGACUUCUGAUGCAAGGACAGUGGAACACGGCUCUCCACGCUCCACUGGAGGCAGCAUAUCAGGAUGGCAUCCGGUUAGACAAGCGUCCUGAUGUCCGCUUCCACAAGAGUCGCCUGUCCGGUAUGUGUGAUACCAUGACGGCGUGCACCGACUUCCUGCGUGCCAACGGAUUCCACACGCUGCUGUUUGGGGGCGUCAAUACCGAUCAAUGUGUCCUUGCCACUAUCCAAGACGCCAAUCUCAAGGGAUUUGAUACGAUUCUUUUCAAGGACGGGUGUGGCACUAAUAGUCCCGAGGGCGCUCAAUCUUCCACCGAAUACAAUUGUGAAGAGUGUUGGGGCUUCUUGUCGAGCUGUGAUGCACUGGCGAGGGCCGUGAGCGGCUAGAUUUUGAUCGCUGUGGUCUGUCCUGUGUAAUGAAGUUUGGAAUGGCGUAUGUGCUGUAUGUUUGUACCUAGGUGUAAGGUGACCGGGGCACCUACAGUACGUAACACUCCUUCGUGCGUUCUUCGGUGCAUCCUUUCCGAUUCAUGCAUCGGCUCUUUGUAGGCGCAUGACCUGCGAGGCCCCUCAAGCAGGAUGCGACGGAGCAAGGACAUCGCGGAGCGUGAAUGCAUAUCCUAAGGGCCACAUACGACUGGGACCUUGUAAACUCUAGGACUUUCUGGACUUUGGAGCUUUUUGGAGUUCUGGACUUCAUAGACUUUGGUACUUCGGAG